AUGCCCAGAUUGUCAAAGAGCCUGUGCUACCUUAUGGUGGCGGCCCUGUCAGCUCUGGCAGAGGCUCAAAAUUCCACCUUUAACAAUCCAAUACUACCAGGCUUCCAUCCUGACCCUAGUUGUAUAUUUGUGCCCGAGUGGGACGACACGUUUUUCUGUGCCUCAUCAAGCUUCAAUGCCUUCACAGGUAUUCCCAUUCAUGCGAGCAAAGACCUCCAGAACUGGGAGUUGAUAGCACAUGUGCUCAACAGGGAGGAGCAGCUCCCAGAGUUGGCUUACACCAAUAGGUCUACGGCCGGAAUUUGGGCACCAACGCUCAGAUACCACGAUGAGACCUUCUGGCUCGUGACGACGCUUGUUGAAGAUGAUCGCGAGGCAGAUGAUGCUACGCGAUGGGACAAUAUCAUCUUCAAGUCGCCUGACCCGUACGAACCCUCAUCAUGGACGAAUGCAGUCCACUUCAAGUUCGAGGGCUAUGACACCGAACCAUUCUGGGACGACGAAGGCAAGACUUACAUCGUCGGCUCGCACGCAUUCAAGGUCUACCCCGCCCUCGAGAUCGCAGAGGCGGACCUCGAGACGGGCGAGGUCGGCGACUGGCUGAACCUGUGGAACGGCACCGGUGGGCGUGCGCCGGAGGGGCCGCACCUCUACCGCAAAGACGGGUGGUACUACCUGCUUGUCGCGGAAGGGGGCACGGGGAUGAACCACAUGGUGACCAUGGCGCGGUCGAAGGACCUCUUCGGGCCGUAUGAGUCCGAUCCUGCUAACCCCGUGUUGACCAACGCCAAUACCACCAGCUACUUCCAAACUGUCGGCCACGCGGACUUGUUCCAGGACCAGGCAGGGAACUGGUGGGGGGUUGCAUUGUCGACGCGUUCCGGCCCGGGUGAUCAGUACUACCCAAUGGGGCGUGAGACGGUGAUGACAGCGGUCACAUGGGACGAGGGCGAGUUUCCAGUCUGGACAAAUAUCAGCGGCCAAGUGAACGGCUGGGCCCUGCCGCCGGAAAACAAGGAGAUCGGCGGCUCGGGCCCGUUCAUCGACGAGGGAGACGACAUCGACUUCGCCCCGGGGUCAGAGCUGCCCGCUCACUUCACAUACUGGAGAUAUCCCGACCCGAACAAGUUCAGCGUCUCUCCGGAAGGCCACCCGAACACCCUGCGGCUGAGCCCUUCCAAGCUCAACCUCACGGCCCUGAACGGGAACUACGCCGGGCCGGACCUCGGCGGCCAGACGUUCGUCGGCCGACGGCAGCAGGACACGCUGUUCACGUACCGAGUCGUCCUCGACUACUCCCCGACCGAAAAUGGUGAGGAGGCAGGCGUGUCGGUCUUCCUGACCCAGAACCACCACCUCGACAUCGGGGUUGUGUUGCUGCCAACGAGCGAGAGCACGACUGCUUUCCCGGGGGAGUCCGCAUCGGAACCAGGUGACUCCUCGGAACUAAUCCCCCAGAUCCGGUUCCGGGGCAUCUCGUCCGUGACGACGCCUGCUACAGUCGUUGCUCCAAUACCCAGCGCGUGGCGUGAAAGCCCACUCAGUCUCGAGAUCAAGGCCGCCAACAUGACACAUUAUUCGUUCUCAGUCGGUCCUGCUGAUGCGCAGUCCCUGACGCAGACUCUGGUGACUUCAUCGAGCGAUGCUGUGAGCUGGGGUUUUACAGGCGUUAUCCUCGGGGUCUAUGCCACAACUAAUGGGGGCGAUGGGAACACCCCCGCGUACUUUUCCAAGUGGCAGUACCUUCCACAGGGCCAAUACAGGGACUAA